UUUGUUUGUAUUUAAUGGUGGUUUACAAGAUGCAUCAUGCACUGGCUGUCGGUUGCGUUUGGCAGUCUCUUAUCGGCCUGCGCAUUCGAUCGUCCCAGGGGUAGAAAAACCCCAGAAAAGAAAGGAGGUCGGGUCUCGAUCGGGGAUAGGCGAACUUCAAUUCAGAAUUUGGUUCGUCACGAUUUCACCACUUUCCGGGGUCUCGCAGGAAACACCACCACAACCGGUCAUCUGCAUAGUCUAUCGACAGGGCUCCCGCAUGUCCACUCAAUGUCAAUGCCAGCAAGCUUGAAGAAGCUGCAAGUCAUCCGAUGCCCGCAUGCUGAACGAGCCGACGAGGACCGGGUCGAGGCAAGGUGAUGGGGUAAUUCCAAGAGCUGAGAUCUGAGAUCAAUGCACCAGAGUCAGACGCCAUCGUUCCUGGUGCCGGGACAGGCUUGCGCUGAGGCUGCCGUUGGGUCAGUGUGUCGUUUCACUCCUUUCUCAGUCCUGUCCAGUUUGAGAGCCGAGCACGAUGUCGCAAGCACAUACCACAGGCAGAAAGGGGACAAUUCAAAGCAUCGUACGAAAAUCAAAGUACAGACAUUGGACGCAUUGGAUACCCAAGCGAAUGCAUGUUGCUGGAGAAUAACCGAUGUUGUGAAGCCAUCCCAAGGAUUUCGCAUCAUCUGGGCCACGGGCGAAAACAAAAUUCGAUAGCUAUCCGUCGGCAUCUCCAUCCCUGUGCAUUUCAAGAUCCACUAUGAUCUCAUUUCAACAUGCGAAACAGAAGACGCUAAGAUCACCUGCCUCGAAACCGUCGUCACUUUGCGAUCCUGCACCGGUCAAGAUGCUGCAGAACCUUUACAAGAACAACAUGUCCUAUCUAGCUCACGGUUCAAAAUCGAUGCUAGAAGUCGCGUUAUAGCAAGCGAAAGGAGAGCUGAACCUUAACUCCAAGAAUGGCAAUGAUGCUCGG